AUGAACUCCUUAACAAAGAAGGGACAUUACUUAUACAAGCUUCAGGCAGCCACCGUCAAUCAUUCUAGAGACCAAAUUAAGUUGCAUCUGUCAACGAUGGUGGAAGCAAAUAAGGACUGUUCCCCAGACAUGUGGAACACCUAUAAAUCCGCGUUUGGCGAUCUUAUUGAAAUCCUAGAUCCAAUUGCGUCCUCGGUACAAACAUAUGCGCAGCCUUCGACUUUAUAUUUUAGGCAGAAAUUGCAGAAUGGCAAGUCACAUUUAGCACUUGAUAAGCUUUUAGAUUCUGCUGGAGAUCUAACCCCGCAACUUGAGUCAUUCAAGAAGAAGACGAUUCAGAAGAUCCAGGCUAUGGACAAGCCCUUGCACUCGAUAUUUUUUAAUAACAGUUUACUUGACAAGGCAUUUUACACAUUCACACUUAUAAACAUCUUUGUUAUUGGAUUUAUCUUGGGUAAGUGCCCUGAAUGGUUCCAUGUUUACUAUACGUUGAUGUUUCUCUCUUUGAUGCCCGUAAGGUUUUAUACUUACUACAAAGUUAGAAACCAUUAUUUUAUGGCUGACCUUUGCUACUUUGUGAACUUUUUAUGCCUUGUGUUUUUAUGGGUUUCACCAGGUUCAGUGCAUUUAUAUCAGACCUGUUUUGCAUUUACGUUCGGAUCUCUUUCCUUUGCGGUUAUAACGUGGAGAAAUUCGUUUGUUGUACACUCAUUGGAUAAAGUCACGUCUUGCUUCAUACAUAUCACUCCUGCAUUGACGUGGUACGCUAUAACGCAUUUAAUUGAUGAAGAUGUUAAAGCAAUAAGGUUUCCAGCGGCCUCGAAAGCCAGCUCGCCAUCAUGGAUCUUAAAAACAAAUGUUUUCUAUACUUCAAUAUAUUAUUUGAUAUGGCAGUUGUUAUACCACUACUUUAUUACAUUAAAGAAAAAGGACAAGAUCAAAACUGGCAAACGAGUUACAAGUUUUGAAUAUUUGACUACACAUAGAUUCAAAGACCACUGGUUGGUAAAGCUCCCCCCUCCAUUUCCUAUGCUUGUAUACACAUUGUUCCAGUACCUAUAUCAGCUCACUUCAAUGAUAUUAUGUGUAAUUUGGUUUAAACAUAGCUUUGCAGCAGCUGGUUUCUUGCUAUUUAUUAUUUUGAUUGCAGGGCGGAACGGUGCUAAUUAUUACAUCGAUCAUUAUGGAAAGAGAUUUGAAAAGGAAGUCCAAAAGUUGAAACUACAGGUGGAAACUUUAUCUCAGCAGAUAGUUGAUAAAGAUAGUUCAUCACCUGAACUAAUGUUCAUCGACAGUGAUUUUGGAAGCCAGUCUUCAGGGCAAAGUGACGACGUUAUAUGGGAAAUGAAGGUAGUUAACUAA